CUUCUCCCGGCUCCAGUUGGGAAAAUGGCGGAACCAGGGAAAGGAGUGAGCGCCGGCUUCAUCGCCAAGAACGUCCAGAAGAAAAUUAACCGGGCGCAGGAGAAGAUGUAACCAAUGAGAUAGAGUGAGGGCAGAGCAGAGGAUGUCAACAUGGACUUUAACAAGGCUUUUGACAAGGUUCUGCAUGGUAGACUGGUCCUUCAGAAACUGGGCAAGGCUGAUGAGACAAAAGAUGAACAAUUUGAGCAGUGUGUACAGAACUUCAGCAGGCAACUGAGUGAAGGAACUAAACUCCAGAAAGAUCUACGGGCAUACCUGGUUGCUGUAAAAGCUAUGCAUGAAGCCACAAAGAAGCUGUCAGAAGUUUUGGAGGAAAUUUAUGAGCCAGACUGGGUCGGCAGACAAGAAAUUCAUUCGAUUUCAGAGAAUGGUGAUCUUCUCUGGACUGACUAUCAUCAGAAACUGGUGGAUCAAGCUCUCCUGACGCUGGAUACAUACCUCGGCCAAUUUCCAGACAUUAAAACUCGUAUUGCAAAGCGUGGGAGGAAGCUUGUUGACUAUGACAGUGCAAGACAUCAUUAUGAAUCUCUCCAAGGUGCAAAAAAGAAAGAUGAUGUAAAAAUAGCAAAGCCUGUCUCGUUGCUUGAGAAAGCUGCGCCUCAGUGGUGCCAGGGGAAGCUUGUGGCGCAUAUCGUUGCCCAAUCAAAUCUGCUCCGAAAUCAGGCAGAAGAAGAAUUUUUAAAAGCCCAGAAAGUGUUUGAGGAAAUUAAUAUUGACUUGCAGGAAGAAUUGCCAUCACUAUGGAACAGUCGUGUUGGUUUUUAUGUGAACACAUUCCAAAGUAUAGCUGGUCUGGCGGAAACGUUUCAUAAAGAAAUGAGCAAGCUUAACCAAAAUCUUGGCUCUGUGAUGACCCAACUGGAGAUUCGAUACGUGGACAGAGCCUCAGUAAAAGUAGAGAAGUCUGCCUCACCACCAGAGGCUGAGUCUCCUCCCAGCAGUCCCGUGACAAAGGAUGACAAUCAUGUAGCUUCAACUUCUCCUGCACCACAUGUCCCUUCUAUACCAAAGUCACCAUCCCAGCAAAGGAAGGGUCCUCCAGUACCCCCUCCACCAAAGAUCACACCAUCCAAGGACAUCAAGCAAGAAAAUAUCCUCAAUUUGUUUGACGACAGUUUCAUCCCUGAGAUAAGUGUGACAACACCUUCGCAGUUUGAGGCUCCUGGGCCUCUGCAGGAUGAAGGAAGCCUAUUGGACUUAGACUUUGAUCCUCUGAAGCCAGAGUCCAGUUCAGUAGUGAGAGCAGCUUCGCCAGCCUCUCAGUCUUUACCUUGGGAUUUGUGGGAGCCUGAAAAAACUGCAUCUAACAGCAUUUCCGUGGACCAGUCUCCUAGAAUGGCCAUGGGUGAUAGUCUUUGUGAGACCAAUUUUGCAGUGGACUGGUCAGCCCAGCCCAGCCUGCUUAGCAAGAAUGAAGGUGCCACUGCUCAAGCAGUGGAGCAAGUGAGUGCCACUGGUGAAGUUGCAGAGAAGGAAACUGAAGAUAAAGUUGCUUCUGAUGUUUUGGAGGCACUGCCAGAACCAAAGAAUGAAAGUUUGGAAAAUGAAACUGGUACAGACCUUGCCAUGUCUAAGGAUGCUUUGCCAGCUGUAGUAACAGAGACACUUCCAGCAGCGGCCAAUGGAGCUGUCUAUGACACAGUCCCUGCUGAGGACAUGGAAAUGCCCCCUGGAUUUCAGUUUAAGGUUCGGGCUGUCCAUGAUUACAAUGCAACAGACACUGACGAGCUAAACCUUAAAGCAGGCGAUGUUAUUUUUGUUGUUACUCAUGAAAACCCAGAAGAACAGGAUGAAGGUUGGCUCAUGGGCAUAAAGGAGAUUGACUGGAUUCAGCGCAAAGAUCUGAAGACCGCUAGGAGUGUUUUCCCAGAAAACUUUACUGAGCGUGUUCAGUAACCAGUUGGAUAGGAAAGAGCAGAGAGGUGGGAGGAGGCUCCUGGAGCUUGUAGAUGGAAGACCUGCACCAGCGCAAUUUCCUCGUGUUUUGUCAGCCGAAAAACAGAAGUUGCCAUUGUAAAUGUGAAGCAUUCAGCCUGUGGUUCAUGUUUACCAGCACUGGGUUAUGGUGCUUUGAAUGCUCAAGGGGCAGCAGGUCCUUGAACAAGCAGUUCUACCAUUAAAACAGCAAUUUACUCUAGUUUCUCCAUUGCAUGAAGUUCUGUUGUGACAAUUUGAGCAUAUGGGAAAGUCAAAAAACAUAUCUAAGGUAUUAUGUGAUAUCCAGGUUAGAAGUGGGAGAAGGUUGUGUUUGUUUUAAAAUUACUGGUGUUGCUUUUUAAGGGGUCGUUGAGCUGACCUUCCAAAUGCUUCAGGAGGCCAUCAUGUAAGCGAUGCAGUUAUGUAUGGUCCUUAAGCAGCCAAUGUAAAGCUUGAUUAUUCAUGCAGUUUGUGUUCAUUGGAUGAUAUUAGGGCAAUGACAGAAAUGAGCAGUUGGAAACUGAAUGUACUGAUGGUUUUAUACCCUUGAACUGCAUCUGACUUUUCCCUUUGGUGAUCCUACUCUUAUUUUUUAAUGUAAUGUACGGAAAGGGAUGUCCACUGGGUUAUUUUCACUGGUUCAUUAUUUUUGAGAAUUCCUCCUGCCUCUGGAGAGAUAAAAAUGAAUCAAUGAAAUGAAUGUUGGGUGACUGCUAAAUGAGCCUAUCUACUAUAGAGAAUUGCAGGAGGAUCUUGAUUUUUAUUGGUAUGUUAUCAAAAGUGACAAAGUCAGUCAUCUGGGUUUUUCAUGUUGUUGCUUUUGGCUUGGGGGUUUCUUUUCUCAUUGUUCAUAGGCUAGAAUAGUGAUUAGAGACGAGUCUGCAGCUAAUUCUGGAUAGCAUUGUAUUUGAGGUACAGCAUCCCAGAUUACCUUCCUUCCAUCCCAUUCCCCUUCACAACCCUUUCCCAUUGGCUGUGUGGCAAUGUCUCUGACCAGUGAAAAAGCAAAAAGCCUCUUUUUAUUACUCUGGCUGAUUUCUUGGCAGUCACUUGAACAUUCUCUCUUCUUUUCCAACUGUGGUUUUCAAAAUAAAAGAGACGAAGUGUUGAACUUUUUUUUUCCUCCCUGCGGUGUCAGGAGAUGAUCUUUCUAAAUCUAGGAGACCCAGGACAAUUCUGGAGGGUCAGCAGCUGCAGGUGAUAUCAGAUUGGCAUCACUGAUUCAGCCUUGUUCAAGGUUAAUUUGUCUUCCAUGAAUUUUGGAAAGUUGAUUCUCUAAACCUGGUUGUGAGGUGUUGUUUUGCCUGAAGCAUUAAUGACUCCAUUCUCAAAAUGUUGCACAGUUCUGCAUCUGUCUCUGCUCCUUUUAGGAAAAGGAAGGGAUUACUGCCAACUUUGUGGAGUCUGGCCAUGAGGUCCGUUGAGCCUUCCUGGGGUCCGCAGGUAUCCAGUUCAUCUUAUGGGUUUGCAUGGUGGGAAUUAACAGAUGAACAUGAUGGUCGCACCAGUCCCUGACACCCCUCCAUACUCUGUGUGUCCUGCUGGAUAAUCUGCGUAACAGUCUGCAUCAGUGUUUUUUUAACGUUUUACUUCCACUCCUUCCCCUACCCCAGGGACAUCUGAUGCCAAAUAAGCCCAUGAGUCCUAUUCGAUGACUCGUAAACCUGUCCAGAUCAUUGUAAGCAGGCUGAAUUAAGAUGUUGAUCAUCUUUUAUUUUUAUUUUAAAUGCUGCUGUAGCCUUGGCAGGUUUGUCUCCAAUCCUGAGGGCCUGACUUACCAGUAUUUUAAUUAUUGUAAAACCUGCAAUCAUGUAUUUUUCUCAUGAGUGAGUUAUUAAUUUUCCUUGCAAUCAUGGGUUGUUGUUUUAAGUGAGCCAUCUGUAUAGUUUAUCUUGACUCAUGUCUAUUAUGUUCAGUGUGAGUCAUUGCCACCUGUGAGUGUGUGUAAAUACAAUAGUUUCCCGACUCUGAUUUUUGAAGUGGCUUGUUUCAGUAUUGUUCUAUUUUAAAAAAGUCAAUUUCCCAAUACUGAAACAUCAGUUUGUUAAUUGAAAAGUUUCUGUUGGUGAAUUAUUUCAAUGUCUUCCACAGCAUUGUGUUCUGAACAUGUUUUUUUUGGAUGCAAACAGCCCUGAUGUUCACUUCUGUGUGGUGUUACAGCCUGUGAUGUCGCUCAUUCCCAGUGAUUAUAUGCAAUGCAGUUGGAAUUGCUCAGUUCAUAGCUAAUGCACAAAGAAAUAAAACUGGUCUUCUGGUUG